AUGCAGUCAAAGUCAAAAAGUGCAAGUCAAGUAGAAGCUAAUCCAUAUAACAUUUCACCAUCAGCAGUAUGUGCAGAACCUUGGUGGCGCAGUACUGGAUAUAAUUACGUCCCCCCUGCUGUGAUAGGGGGGAACACAUCUAAUUCUUCUUCUCUAGAACAAUCAAAAGAUGGCCAAUCACAAUCUGAUGGUGCGUUGGAUGAGGAUGAGGAUGAUGCUAUCAGAGAAUCACAAAUUAGUGCUUCUCCACGUUCAAAUGGAAAUUAUGGACAAGGACACCAGAAUUUCCAGCAUCAAACAUCAGCCAUACCUCCUAGGAGUAAUGAAAGCCUUACACAGCCUCCACAGCUGGAACUUGUUGGACACUCUAUUGCUUGUGCAUCAAAUCCAUAUCAGGAUCCAUAUUAUGGGGGAAUGAUGGCAACUUAUGGUCCUCAGCCUAUGGUGCCCCCUCAUCUAUUUGAUAUGCAUCAUGCUAGAAUGCUUUUGCCCCUUGAAAUGGCACAAGAGCCGGUUUAUGUGAAUGCGAAGCAAUACCAUGGGAUUCUGAGGAGAAGGCAGUCACGUGCUAAAGCGGAGCUCGAAAAGAAGCUUAUAAAAGCUCGAAAGCCAUAUCUUCAUGAAUCCCGCCACCAGCAUGCUAUGAGAAGGGCAAGGGGAACCGGAGGUCGUUUCGCUAAAAAGUCCAAUAACAACACAGCUGAUGAAACAGGAACAAUUUCGGGUUCGGCCAUCUCAUCACACUCUGCCAGCUCAUCAGGUUCUGAACCUUUGCACUGUGAAGCAGCCAAAACCCAGAAUAAUCAUCGUGAAGCAAAAGGGCCUAAAGUGCAUGAGACAUAUGAUGGGCGAGGAUAUCAGAAUGACAGUAGCCUCCGGGCAUCAACAUAUGGUGGGCAUUCGGCCAAGGGAGGUGAAGGAGACUCUUCAGGGCAGCAAUGGGGGAGUGUCUCAUCUAAUAAGGCUUCACAAAGGGCACUUGCUAUUUAGUGAGGCCUAGGGUGAAAACACGGGUGUUGGUUGAGGUAGAAUCAUUUAUGCUCGUGUGUUUUGUUAUGGCAAAUCAUUCUUGGCUAUUUUAAGCUUGAAUGGCAACUCAUUCUUGGCUUUACUUGUGGUGGGGUAAAAUAACAGAAGAUGGAGAGAUGUUAAACCAAUCUCUGAUCUUUUGUGUUUUGUAUAUAGAGUGAACUCAUUUAGAAUUAGAACUUUGAAGGAAAGUCUUUAGGGAGGUUUGAACAAAUUAAACAACAUCCUAGGAACCAUGUAAAGUGUUUGACAAAAGACUUGCUUGUUUGGGAUUUCAGUUGUGCCUUUGUUUGGAGAAGAAAAAAAAGUUUCAAAUAAUGGAUGUCAAGUAGAUAUGUGGGUUUGUUUUUGUUC